CUGCUGAUGUAAAUUAAAGGGUAGACAACCGUAGAAGUUCCGGGUGUGGAUCCAGGUCCUUGCAUGUCAUUUGGGUCUUCAUCGAUUUGCAAGGCGCUUCACGUGCUGCUAAAUAAUUAGGCACACAAUGCACCAGCCAUCACGCUGCUGUAGCUACAAGGGUAGCACAAGUUCACCAUGUUUGCAAGCUUACUAUCAAGCCGGUGGCUGGGAGGGUCUACGCUGUCCACGCCGGCAAAGGCGAUCUUCUCAUAGCAGUGCAAGCCCUGUCCAUGCGCGGCGAGCGAUGGUGGUGCGCUGCGAAUCUCCGCAACAGUCAGGAGGCAAUCCCUCGACGCAGGACCGGGUCAUCAACAACCUGGUAGCAUCAGGGCUGGCAGGAUCUGUUGCCGUCAUGGGCGCCGGGGUCGCCAAUAUCGACUUGUUCGGACAGUUCAACUGGUCCUCUCCCUCCGACCUGCUCCAGGCGCUCUCCCUGGCCUGCCCCCUGCUGCUGCUGGAGGCGCUGCUGCUGGGACCCAGGUGGGACCGGCUGCUAGCGGGAGGAAGGGACGGCGACAGGCAGGAGGAUCAGCAGCAGCAGCACCAAGGGAACCGCAGCAGCAGCAGGAGGAGGAGAGGAGUGGCAGGGCUUGCACUACGUACGGAUGACGUGGACAGGUUGUUGUCGUACGACAGCUUUGCGGCGACGCUGGUGCUGCACCAGGCGUGUUUGGUGGGGGCGGAGAUGGUGCGGGCUCGGGGCAGUCGUGCGGCCGCGGAGGCUGAGGUAGCCGCAGCGGAGGAGCAGGCCGGCGCAGGAACCACCACACCCUCCUCCUCCCCCUCCUCCCAACCUCAUCCCCGCCACUGGCAGUCCCUGCUUGCCGACGUGUCGCUACUGCUGCUGCGAGACACCUCACGGGAGCUGCUGCUGCGGGGCUUGGGCUUCACCCUGGCAGCUGCCUGGCUGGCGGACCGCGCCUUCGAAGCAGGCGCAGAGGACCUCAUCCGGCUAUCGCUGCCGCUGCCGCCACUUCCAACAGCAGCGUUGCCGUUCUUACCAACGCCGUCGGUGUCAGCAUCCCUCUGGAGCCAGGACGUGUACCUCACGGAUGCCGUACGGUACAGUGUUGCGGCGCUGCUGACGGGGCUUAUGUUGCCGUACACGGUGCUUACGGAGGCGCGCGCGCUGUCGGUGGGUGUGGGCAGCAACCUGGCAUUGGUACGGGUGCGGGUGCAGCGGGAGAGGGAGGAGGAGGAGCGGAGGAGAAGGGGGACAGGAGCAGCAGGAGGAUCGACAGAGCAGGUCGCUGGAGGGGAAGGAGGAGACGGCGAAGCGGAGGAGGAUGAGGCGGAGGCAAUGGUGUGGGAGUUCCGCUUGUUGGAAGCGUUGGAAAGAAGCACCGCUAGCGGCCCUUCGCGGCUCACAUACGCGCUCACGCUGCUACGAGGACUGCUGCGCUUUGGCUGCGUCAACCUGGUCUUCGCUGUAACCGGCAAUCUAGCUGCUUCCUGGCUUGCUACGACCCUUCCCGGCGUGCUGUUGUACUGCUAUGUACGAGCUGGACCCAAGGUGCUGCUGGAAGGAGGCGUCGGCAAGAACGGAACCGGUUCGCAGCCUAAGUAAGCUGCAGCCUGAUAUGUAACACAGAUG